AUGGCGGACACGCUGCCCACCACUACCAAAGAUUCACCUUCCGCUUCCUCCUCCACCACUCCAACUCCGACCAAUCAAUCGCUUCCUAUAUCGCAACGAGUGGUAACAAGGUUCCAGAACUUGAUUGAUGCGCCGAAUUCGACCAAUCUGAUAUCGAUUUACGCAUGUUUCCUCACUGGUCUUACAUCCUCACCAUCCUUUACAGCAUGUUAUAUCUGGUGUGGAUUCCAGACUGGAAACGUAGCGCAAUUGGGUUUAGCCAUAGCUAGGACAUUCUCACCGUUGGGCGAAAGGACAUACGGAUUUCAGAAACCUGAUCAACAAGCCUUGACCAGUUUACUGAGUUUCUGGAUAGGGACCAGUUUAGGUAGAUUAGGUGAUAAGAUCGGUGCAAGGAGGAGAACAUGGUUGGUACUUGCUACGUUCAUACAGGCUUUAUUGGCUAUGGCUGCUUCCCUUGCGGCUCAUUAUUGUGGUCAGGAUGGAAUUGCUACACAUCGAGGAGACCCUUCAUGGACUAAUCCGCUAGGAAUGACUGCGCUGGCUUUCAUCUCUGCUACUAUGGGUAUACAAGGUAUCGUUGGAAAGCGUGUCGCCAGUCCUAUGAAUACUACUGUAGUGUUAACUACUACUUGGGUGGAAAUCUUCAACGACCCCCUGUUAUUCGCCUUUAAAUACACUCCAUCCAGAGAUAUCAGAAUAGCAGGUGGGCUUGCAGUCUUCGUCGGAGCAUUCGUAUCGAGAGCGAUCCUAGAUGGAGGUGGUCAAGCAGCGGCUCUGGGAGCUUUAGCUGGAUUUAGAAUGAUUCAGUGUAUAUGGUGGUUCUUCAUCCCUGACAAACCAGUCAAGGUGGACAAGGCUUAA